AUGUUCCGUGCUUGUAUGCAGAAAGUGCCAGGCACAGUGUCGGACGGGCAUGUCGGUGCCGGCGUGCUUUCCGCGACGUCGUUCGGGUGGGUAGCGAAACAGAGCGACCAUCUGACAGGCGAGAAGGGUCGUCGUGGGGUGAGCAUCGAGAGCGUCGGCAUGAAGGGGAUGAAGGCUUUGCGCGACAGCAUGGUUGAGUACGUCGGCAAGGUCAUUGCCGUAAAACGCACCGCGACGCCGACUUCUCAAGCCGCCGGACCCGCCGACAGUGCCAUAGAUGACGACGGCGCGGAAGGACAGAAGGCGCCCCAAGGUGCAGUGGCCGCCCAGCAUCAGGGGAACGCGAGGGUGCAUGGGGAAGGUGGAAACGGUGGAGGAGGCGACGCAGAGGCAGGUGCAGGAAGGUUGGAAAUGGAGAAGUCGUCGUCGUCGUCGGAGUCGGAGUCGGAGUCGGAGGAGGAAGACGAGGCGGUGAAGCGUAAGGACGAGGAGGAGUAUGAGGAGUAUGAGGAGGAGGAGGAGGAGAAUAAGGACGAGAAUGGUGAGAAGUGGGAGGGAGGGAAGGAUGAGGAGGGGGGGGAUGAAGAGGUGGAGUUCGUGGUGGAGUAUGUAGAGGGUACGGUUGAGGCGGGAGAGGCGGAAGAGGCGGUGGGGUCGGCAGAUCAGGGGAAUGAGGAAGAGAAGGAUGACGACGCGGGAAAUGCUACGAGGUCGGCAGAUGUGGGGAAGGAGAAGGGCGAGGUCGGCGUGGAGGCAACGACAGGAAAUGGCCAGGAUGAGGCGGCCUGCGAGGGAGGUGGGAAGGUGUCGGUCGACGCCGGCGAAGGGGCGAACAACACGGGCGAGCAGGAGGCCGGGGAAGCACCUUGUCGGCAGGGCCCAGAACUAGACGACGUCGAGGUCGGCGACACCGACAAGUAUGCCGCGGAACAGCUGCGAAACGCGACGGAGGCCAUGUCGAAGACCAUCACGGGCAACAUCACCGGCAGCUUUGACGAAGCGUGGAAGUCGAUGAAGACAUUCGCGGAACAUGCGACGGAGUGGUUGGAGGACUUCGACAAUCCGGAGGGUCGUGUCGCGUAUGCACGAGCGUUAGCGGUCUCCUCCUUGGCCGAACACGUGGAUUCGGUGGUGGGCGAUGCGAAGAAGGGGUUGGAAGAGUACAUCUCGAACCACCUUGCCUCCGCGCAGGUCAACAUCGCCACCGCUUUGACCGCCAGGCUCGCCGUGCCGCCGCCGCCACCGCCUCAUCCCACGCCGCCCGCCAUCCCAGAAGAGCUUUUGAAGUCGUUCAAGGCCGACAUCCUGAAGGCGGUGACGGAGGCCACCCAGCAGUCUUUUGUUGCUUCCGGGAUGAAGAUCAUGACAGAGAUGAUCGGCACUGUGGCGCUUGGUCGACGUGGGUCGUCGCCUUCGGCCAAUGACGCCGAUAACGCGCAAAGAAAAACGGCCGAGAAGCAGGGCCAUAAGAGGACGGGCGACGGAGACGACAAGGGGAGCUCGAAGCGGAGCAAGGGAGCGGGCGGUAGUUUCGGGUCGAAGCCUGCGCAAAAAAGCGACCAGCUGAAGACGAAGGCGGGGUGGAAGGUGGUAAGGACGUCGCACAGCAAGGGAGGCGGAAGCGGGGGAGCAAAGGGUGGCCCUGCCGACGGGGUUGCCGCUAACCUAGCUGCUCCGACUGGCCCGCCUUUGGUCGCCGAGCAGACCCAUCCUCAGGCGAGCGGUGGGAAAGGCGUUACCGACAAGGAGGUGCCAACUGCUCAGGCGGCGAAUGAUGGUGACUCCGGAACCACCAAGGGACCGUCCGUCGCGGCGGCGGGCAAGCCUGCUUCUGCUACGGUUGCCGGCACCACCAAGUCGAGUCCCCGUAACCCCCUUGCGGCUACCAGCGCGCCUGCCGGCCAGUCAGGUGCGAACAAAGAUGGGGAGGCUGCUCCAGCUCCAGCAACCCCGACUGCCGCCAAGGUUGUCGCGAAGGUUGCUUCGGCUAAGGGUGAUGCCAUGGCAUCAGCUAAGGCCCCCCCCGGUGGUACCGCGCUCAGAGAGAUGCUCCGCCGCAUGGAGGCACAUAGCAGGGACGUGCAGCAGCAUCCCGCGGUCGACGCCGGCCUUCCUGGAACAGCACGCCGCUCCGUCACUACGCAGGUUGCCGGCAAGUCGUCCGGUGCCCCACCUGCCGCGCCUCCGGUGGCCGCCCCACCGCCUGCGGACCCCAAGUCCGAUUUUCUUCGCGCCCAUUUAGGCGCACGCAAAGCGGCUGCUCCGUCAGUGACCCUGCCAAAACUCGGCAAAAGCGCGACGCCGACGUCGGUAAACGCGACCGCACCCACACCAGGUGCAUCUGUGGUCGAUGUGGCGGCGGAGAAGGGAGUGAGUGCAGCGCUCGCCACCGGCGGCCGCGCAGACAAGCAUGCCGACCUCGCUGUCGUCAUGGCCCAUUUUGAGGCAGCAAAGCGCCCCGAGCACGCCCCUGUUAUGGCCAUCAUGGACACGGCGCAUGUGGUGCCGUCGGCGACCCACGGAGGGGGUUCGACGGAGCAGACGGCCGCGACAGCUGCUGUCGCCGAGAUAAAUGCUGGACGGAAGGAAAAGGACGACAACGGGAAAGGGAAGGCGGUCUCUCAGAGGAGCACGCGGGCGAUGACUGCGGGGAAGUUGACGUCGGAAGAGAAAGGAAAGAAGGCGGAAGGGGAGAAGGACAAGACGGGCGGCAAGGGUAAGCCGGCGAAGAAGAAGGAGAAGGCGGAGGAGGAGGACGAGGAGGGCGGCGAGGGAGAUAAAGAGCAUGGACGCAGGGGUCAUGGCAUCCGCCGAGACAAGGCUGGCGACGGGCAAGGGUGGGUGGGCGAGAUUAAGGUACACGGACAGAAUCGGUACAUCGGCAAGUCGAGGGAGAAGAUGGAGCUGGCCUACGAGCACGCGAUUGCGUUCGUCGUCUACGACGGCUACAUGAGCAAGGUGCUCAUGAAGGAGCUCACCGUCUUGAACCCGGGGGAGUUGGAUAAAUGGAAGGAGGUGUGGGCGGAGGUGAAGUUCUUGCCCACUGGGAUGUGGACAGUGAUGUGGGCCAGAGGCUUGUGCCAUCCGAGAGCAAGGUUCGACAAUAUACUCGACAGGUACCGUGGGUACGCGAGUUCGGGUGUUGCGCUUCAUGACGUGCUCUGGCCGGCGAUCUGGUUCCCCAUCAUCGAGGACACGGAGGAAGGCAAGGAAGAGACGAACGCUCUCAUGUCGGCGAUGGUAAAUCGCGUGUCGAUGUGCGCGGCGUAUGGGAAGGUCGCGGCGAGCGCAGCGUUUGGGAAGGUCGAUGCGAGCGUGGAGGGGAAGGUGGACGAGAAGAUGGAGAUGGGGGCCCAGGCGUUAGCGGCAUCGGCAUGCACCAUCUGGUGCUUCUUGGAGACGGGGGCGUCGGUGCUCGGUGCUGUGGGCGAAGGGAAGGCGGCGGCGAUGGUGGCAGGUGCGAGGGAGGCGAGGGCCAAGGACUUCAAGGAGGUGAUGCACGCGGUGAUCGACAUAGCACGCAGCAGGCAGGCUCCCGCUGGGGACGUUGCACAUAACGUCGCGCCAUCGCUGCAGAGCCAGGCAGUUGCCAGGGCCUUCGCGAAGGGAGUUGAGGAAGUCGAGGCCGACAUGAUCGCAAGAGCGACGGUCGAGACCUUGGCGUUCUGGGGAAUGUGCCUCGUCGCCGGGCCCAAGCUCAAAGCGCAGGGCAUCGAUGUGCCGUGUGACGCGAGGAUGGAGUACGAUAUGGAUCACAGGGGGAUGAAGGGGGAGAAGGUCAAGCAGAGCAAGGGCAGCAGCAAGAGGAAGAAGAGCAAGCAGGGCAUGGGCAGUACGGAUGCGUAG